ACUGUAAAAAACCGUUAGGUCAUCAACAGAUCUUGUCCGGGAGUGUUUUCCUAAGGAAUAGGUUAAGCUGACAACGUUUUUCUUGAAUUUACUGAUUUACUGAUUUUGAUUCAUUGAGCAGAUUUCUGCUGGUUCACGAUGGGAUCCAACCGGGAGACCUUCAAGUUCUCAUUGUCACCCAUUGUAAUGCUGCAGAGUCUCAUUGGUCAAGGUUCUAGAUUCAAAAUAAUAAAGUCUGAAGUCUUUGGGAAUCAUUCCCCUCGACAUUGGGUACGACUAACGACUAGGAAUGGCAUAAGCGCAACAUGUUGUGGGCCUACGAUCAAGAAUGCUAAACGAAAUGCCGCCCUGACUCUUAUCCAUGAGCUCUCGGACGAGUCAGUUAAACUUCCGGUACACCCCAUUUCGUGGCUCAUUGAGCUGUGUCAAAGCCUUCAGUGGCCUGUACCGGAUUACAAGUACAAAGAGGAAAAGACGUCCAAUGGUACUUUAUAUAAGGUGGCAUGCACGGUUCAGCAAUUCCGUGCUAUAGCACAGGAUUCUGAUCUAAGAAAUGCCAAGUACAUGGCAUCGUACAAGAUUUGUAUGAAGUACCAGGAUUACCUUCCGGAAGACAUGGAAUUUGAAAGCAUCACUGAAAGACUAGCUCGAGUGGAGCUCUUCAAAUCCACUAAACCAAGAAAACCACCACCGGUCACUCCGGAAGUUAAGACAGCUCCUUCCCAAGAAAAGAGCUCAACAAAAUUAAUUUCCGGAGAAGUAGAGUCUCCUAGUGCAGGAUUAAAGAAGUCAUCAGUCAGUGGAUCUUCCAAGGAGCUUCCUAAAGCAAUCAAGAAUCAAUCUGACGGAAAAGUUGCACAGAAAACGAAGGAAAAUCACGAUGAGAAUCCUAAGACUUUAGAGCAGAGGAAUUCACGACGUGAAUACCGCGUACCGCUGAAGGACGCAGAACGAAGGAUAAAGCAAGCCCUAGAGGCGAAGGAAGACUUGCCUUCGAUCCUGGAAGAGAAAAUUCGUAAAGCGAUUUCGGGUAAUUUCAAAUCAAACAGUAACGUGCAAAAGGAAAUUAAACCAACCGGCACAAGGACGAAGAUGAAUGAUCAUUUUGACGCGCUCCAGAGAGGGCAAGAAAAGUUUGACGAGUUUUCCGAGAACAUGAUCCGGACCCUCAAGAACAUUGACAAGGGAAAACUGCACAAUUACGCGUCUUUCAGUGAGAAAGUCCCGCCAAUGGUUGAAACAUACGAGAAGACAAUGAAAUCGAUGGCAAUAGCAUUGGAGAGUGCGGGGGAGGUUGUUGAGAGUCUUGUGGAUGAUUUUCAGACGUUGCAGCGUGAGAUUGUGACGAAGAUUGAGGUGGAGGCUCAAGGAAAAAACGUGCAGAAAGAGAUCACAGUCGUACCCAAACCAGAGCCUUCCCAUUCAGCUAAUCAUCCACUUACUGAAGAUAAUGCAUCCGGAACUAAUCAACCUGCUGGUCCGGAAGCUCAAAAGAAUGCCACAAAGAUGACUGAUGAAUCACUGAAAAUCUUUGCCUACAACUGCCGGAAGAUUGUGGGAAAACUCGUGAACGGAAUUACCGAGAGUAAUGAGUCAAAUCUCAAAGAAAUCUACAAGAAACUGGAGAAUCUUCUCAGCGGAAACUUCGUUUCGUAUGGCGAUGUAGAAUUGAAUGCUACAGCUCAUCCUUUGGGAAAGAAAUUCUGCGCAAAAUUGCUGGCAAAGAAUUUUGUCACGAAGGGCAUUACAGAGGUGGCAAAUAAUGCCAAGGCAGCCUUUCCCAUUGCAGCUGUGGUUGUAGCAGUGUGGCAAAAGUUCCCUAAAUUUGGAGAUUUCUUCCUGCCCUAUGUGUACCGUGAAUGUCUUUACUUGGAGAUAAAGGACAACGCCCAGGAUGGAAAGACUUCCGACAAUAGUCAAGACACCCAGGAUGUGCAGUUGAAAGGCAUUGCAGGAGUUUCCCGACUCUACGCUGCGAUUCUCAUCACCAAACCUCCCAAUGGGGAAGAUCAUCCGCAUGGUUUGAAGAAUGGGUGGUUGUGGCUGUCUGAGGUCGUCAAGAGGGUCCCACUACGGGGUAUUUCCGCCUCAGUUCUCCUUGAAGUUCUUCAGAUUGCAGGGCAUGAGUUGCUUCAAGCAUACGGCCAGAAUUUUCUAAAGCUCAUCAGGGUCAUGAAGAAUGAGUAUCUGCCGAAGCUGAAGCUCGUCGAUGAAGGUGAGUUAACAGUAAGUCUUGAGAAUUUGCUCGAUAAAGCCUUGAAGGGGGGAGAUUUUGACGAACCUGAAGGAAUUCUUUCUCCGAAUUUUUGGUAAUCAUUUGAGGACAAUUUUCUCUUCGAUUACUACCCAUUUUUUUACAAUUUAACUUUCAAGUUUAAUUAAUCUUAUCUUUUUCUUC